GAGGUUACCGUCGUCCGCGAGCCUCGCCUUCAACGUAGGAACGCAAUAGCCUCGUUGCAAAUGCCGCACAACUGGAUGUAAGAUGAUAUUUUCAAGUGGCAAACGCGAAUUGGAUUCCUCAAUUGGAACAACUGAGAAUGCGAGUGAUGCCAUUGAACACUCGCCGAGAACAGAAGGUUCUGAAGCUGCACGAUGUCUGGCGCACUUGCAAUAAGAUACGAGCCGCCGUGUUUCGCGUCGGACUCGAUCUCUGGGAGUACUACAAACCCCUAGAUCCUGACAAACGUUGUUUAAUAUCAGAACCCAAAUUUAUCUCCAUUUUGGCUGGACCACUAAAAAGCAUAAUUGGCUUAUCGGAUAAAGAGAUUUGCGAUCUGACGGAUUAUUUUCGAAUUCAGGACGGUCGGAUUCUUUACUCGCAAUUUUGCGAAGUUAUUCACGACAGCGUUCCUGAUUUUGGAAAAAACAAGAGUCUCGUAACCGGUUUGGAAUGGGAGGAUCUGUUGCAUGUAAAUGCUCUGAGCGGCAUAGAAACACGAAAAUUGAAUUUAAUAAUCACUCAGAUUGCCGUGUUAGUGAGCAAAAGAAAGAUUGUUCUUCGGCCAUACUUUCAAGAUUACGAGUUGAUCGCGAAGAAUGUCGGCACGGUUACUCUCGCCCAUUUCGGUCGGAUAUUAAAAUUUCUGGGCAUUGUUCUUGGUGCCGAAGAGUUUCGCCUGCUCGUGAAGAGAUUUGCUAAAGAUGCUUACACUGUUAAUUACGUGGCGUUUCUGAAGGCAGUCGAUGAGGUUCAACGUUAUUUAGACGAACAUGGCAUGGUGGAUUUCGGCGGAGAGUUGCCCGAACAAUUUCCCGGUCGAAUAAUUACGGCCGAGCUGCCGAAAGUCCCACGACCGGAAAUCGGCAAGAUCACGCCCAGCCAAGUGUUCGGUAAGCAAACGGUGUUCCAUCCGGUGACGGAGCCCACGAGGAAGACAAUGCCUACGCCGGAAGUCGUGAAACGUAUCCAGAGACACAUUCUCGAGCGCCGGAUACGGGUUCACGAAUUCUUCAAGGGUUUUGAAUAUCUGAACUCCGGUCGAGUGACCGUGCAGCAAUUUCAAAGAGCGCUAGACGCGUUGCAGAUAUCAUCCUUGGGCCAUCUUUGGCUGCUCGAACCGGAAGUCGAUGCCUUGAUCGCACUCUACAAGGAUCCGGAUGAUCCCGAUCGCGUGUGUUGGCGCACGUUUCAGGAUGAUAUAGAUCAGGUUUUCACCGUGAAAAAACUUGACAAAUCGCCAAAUUUAAAAGUGGAAUCACCGCCUCAAGAAAUCGCCGAGCUACCUCGUAUAGGCACAUUGAACUGGCAAUGCCAGCCAAAGAGUGUGAGAGAUCUCUGUGAAGAUAUCUUACAGAGGGUAAGGAGGCGAGUUGAGGAGAGAAGAAUUCUCUUGAAGCAAUUUUUCAAGGACUACGACAAACAUAAUUGCGGUCACGUGACGCGAGCUCAAUUGAGACAAGUUCUUAUCACGGCGACUAUACUCUUAUCACCGGAGGAAGCGUUCGCUUUGGAACAAAGGUACAAUGACGAUCUAGGCUUUAACUACAUUCAAUUCCUGCAAGAGUUGGAACCCGAACCGAUUGUAGAACCUUUGUACGUACGCAUGUUGGAGGAAAAGAAGCAGCUCAAUGCCGAGAAACCGUCGUGUGAGCCUCGCGAGGAGGAGACUAACAUCGUUUUGAUUUUGGCUAAAAUUAAGGCUAAAGUCGUGCGCGAGAGAAUCAAAGUUCUCGAAUUUCUAAGCCAAUUCGACAGACAAAAUCAUCUUAUCAUUACAAGGAUUGAUUUCAUUAGGGGUUUAGAUCAGCUUCGUUGCGGUUUGACAACGGCGGAAGUAGAUACGAUUACGAAAGUGUUUCAGGCGUCUCUAAAACCCGACUUUAUUGAGUACACAAAAUUUGCGGCAGUUGUGGAAGAAGCUGUUGCGACGGCGGGCUUGGAAAAAUUUCCACUUGUAGUCCCCUUACAACAUGUGCCCUCCGAGGCGAGUGACAGAACUUUCCUGAAUUUCGACGAACGACAAAAGGUGGGAAUAGCGAUGGAUAAAUUGUGCCAAGUGCGAAGUCCGAAUCUGGAGGAGAUCUUCAAAGACUACGAUAAGGAGAACACCGGUACGGUUUGCAAAGGACACUUGAUUAGAACAUUGUCGGUUAGACGAAUGCUGGAGCUUGUCAAUAACAGAGAAUUAGACGCCGUACACAAGUGCUUCUCCAUCGAGAGAAGUGGCCGCUUGGAGUUCAACUAUCGAGCCUUCCUGCGUGCUUUGCACCUGUUACAAGAGAACAAAAAGGUCAUGCCCUUUUAGAAGAGGCGAUUGACCCGGUUGCAAGUUUAGAAGCUGAGAGAAUACUUUGCUGUUAUAUCUCAUAGUGUAUAUUACCGUUAAAUAAUUUAAGUGAAUGCGACGUUUUAAGCUGCACAUUCUUUGAGUAUUUAUGUGUCACGUAGAGGGAAACAAGUUGUCUAAUUUUCGAGGUACUUUUUAUACAUCAACUUUAUUAUUCGUACGUAUUUUUGAGGUGCUGUGAAAAAAUAUAUCUUCGAAUAAAUCAAAUGUCUUUUUAAAAAAA